UAACAUAUUAUCAAAAUUUUUGGAGAGAAAUAGUACAUGCUCAGCUUAGUUUUUCCUCCAAUGUCAUAAUUGUAGUAUGAUUAUAAUGUUUUAUUCAAUAAAUGAAAGAAAAAAGUUUACUUUAACAGUACCUAAACGUACCUAAAAAAGUGUAUAAAUACUUAUCUGUAAAAUAAUACUCAGACUAAAUCUCUUAGCAUAUCUUUACAUAAACGCGAAAUAUCCUAAAAAAACCGCACAAAUCACAACCAUAUAAAACUUGACAAAGUAGAAUUUUGUCCAGUUUGAAUGCAUGUCGCUCGAUUGAUUAACUAUAAUUAUAUCCAUAGGUAUAAUUGCAUUUAGACUAGCAUAAUGUACCUCUACCAUGGAGGAAAUGAUGAUACUCAAUAAGGAUAGACCUACUUCUCCGAUGAAACAUUGUUUGGCAAUUCAGCAUCAGCUUCAAUGAAACUCAACAAACAUUAACAACAAUUUUAUUUUAACAAUAUUUUAUGAAUGAAUGAAAUAAAUAGAGGUGAGUGGAUGACUUGAUAAUAAAUAAAUAAAUAAGUAAAUAUAUCAUGUUAACGAACUAUCUGUUAUGUUUAUGAAUGUGGUAUGGUUAUUAUAUCCACAUCAUAAUGCCUCCGCCGUACCUUGCAGUUAUUGUAUUCCAACGAUACUUCCGCGCAGUUGCUUAUCUGCCAUGGUGGAGGCUGUAAUGGUUGUUGCCAGGCUGUACCUCCGGGAGCGGCAGUUUGGUCUCGACUACAUGUGGGGUCGAGAAGAACUAUCUGCCAUGGUGAUGAGUGUAGUGGUUGUUGGCCUCCGGGGGCGGGAAGAACUAUAUUUCAUGAUGAUAGUUGUAGUGGCUUUUGGCGAACUGUGCCUACAGGGGCGGUAAGAACUAUU